UUGGAAUCUUCUCAGCCAAGAAACGUAGAAUAUAACGAACACGCCGUUUAUUGCACAUCAUAAUAAUAACAACAUAUAUACACAUUUUAAUCUUUCCUUUUAUAUUUUUGUGCCUGCCUUCGAUUUUUGAUCUAAAAUACCAAUUAAGCAUUAAGUGAUAAAGCUUUCGGUCAAAAUCACAGAAUUAAACUAAAAGAUACAAUUAAAUUGAAUAUCAUGGAAACGAAGCAUGAUAUUGAUGAUGAGUGUUUGCACUACGAUGAUGAAGAAAUUAGUAAUUCCAGUAGUUGUGUUUGCGGUUUAAUUGAGUUUAAGAAAAGUGAAAUGUUUGAUUACAAUUUGAGCAGCACAGGAUCAGACGGUGGAGAUUCAGAGGAUCUGUUUGAGAUAAAUCUGAAUUGGAAGGAGCGAUUGGAUUCAAUAAGAGAAGAAGAAGAGUGUGAGAGUAGUACCGUGUUCUCUCUUGAUAUCAAUAAUAACGAGGAGAAAAUAAUAUUAGAUGAUGUUGUUUAUGUGGCAGUAGGAGUAGAUAUUGAUGGUGGUGGUUCAUCAAGCAUGGAAGCUCUUUCGUGGGCCUUGAAACAUGUUGUCACACCUUAUACUAAACUCUCUCUAAUACACGUUUUUCCUCAAGUCAAGCUAAUUCCAACUCCAUUGGGAAAAAUUCCAAGGUGUCAUGUAAAUCUUGAGCAUGUUGAUAUCUACUUGACCCAAAAGAAAAACAAGAGGAAAUUGCUCAUUCAGAAGUUCAUUAACCUAUGUGUUGAAUCAAAGGUUAAGGUAGAGAUGAUGCUUGUUGAGGGUGAUAAUGUUGCUAAAGCCAUUGUAGAUCUUGUUGCGAAUCUAAAUAUAAGGAAAUUGGUGAUUGGAACUAACCAAUCUAAUCUAAGAAAACUCAGGUCUAGAAGACAAACUUCCAUUGCGGACAAGGUGUUAAAAACUAUACAAGAAAAUUGUGAUGUCAAAAUUAUAUGCGAAGGAAAAGAAGUGAUCGACCAGAUGAUUAAUUAUUGUACUUCAGAACACUUCAAAGACAACAUUACUUCAAAAAUGUCAAAUGAAAUUGAUGAAUAUCGCGAUUUUGUUCCAAUCAAACGUUUGUUGCCGAAUCCAUUAUGGUUAUUUAGGACCAAAUUUGUAUUAUCAUGAAUAAAUAAAGUCAAAUAUGUACAAUAUAACUUGAUGAUAAAUUAGACACCAAAUAGAACAGUCAAGAAAAAAAAAUAAUCACACUCAACUCCUGAAGAGUAGACCAAAUACAUUUGCAUUAGGAUCAACAAUAUUAUUGUGUAUAUUUAUUUACCUUUGUAUUGGAUUUUUCAACCUUAACCAUCACUAUACUUUCGUUAUAAUUUUUUAUUA